AUGUACGACGGUGUGUUGGACAUCGCCCUGCCGUCCGAUGUGGAAAUUCUAGGUGGGUGCCGCACGUCAAGGAGGUUACCGAGAGGGCUGGGAAGAUCGCCGAUCGCCAGGUUGCUGCGAAAUCAUAGCGGACCAAGGGCGUCGAAAGCGAAGCUGCUAGCUUCGGUGUCCGAGUCCGUUAUGCGCUAUACAGCACCAGUUUGGAGCAACGAGCUGCGGAAACGUGAGCCUGGUCGGUUGCUGGAGCGUGUCCAGCGAAAGAUGAGGGUGGCACGAGCAUUCCGCACCGUGAGGUACGAGACUGCCACCCUCCUGGCUGGUUUGACCCCUAUCUGCCUGCUGGUGGAUGAUGACGCUCGGGUCCACCAGCGACUGAGUGCCGCCAACCGCACCGACACAAGGGCGAACAUCCGUAAACAGGCCACUAUCCAGGAAUGGCAGCAGCAGUGGGAUGCGAAAGCCGACACUAGCCGGCACACGCGUUGGGCGUACCGUGUGCUGCCCAACAUCAGCUGA